GUUUGGUGAAAAUUGAAAACUGGAAAUCCUUGAGCUUAACAAAUAAGGAUACAACUUCUUGCGCUACUUCGUCUUUUUUUGUGUAAGGUCUCAUCAUCCAACAAAUAGCUCUUGCGACAAUGUACCGGAGUUAUUAGCGAAUAAUUUUCAAAUCUUGCGUAUGAUUUAAAGACUAAAAUUGCUCUCGAGAAUCUGGAACAUCGAUUAUUGUCCCAUCAAAGUUGGUGAUAUGCAUGAACUCAGGAAGAUCAACGAGCUUAAGUUUUAUCUGUCGAAGGAUUAUGGUAACACACUUGGUUUUCACGAACUCAUAAAGUUUUUACUCGAAUGCAGACCUUCUAAAGAAAAGUUAUCUCUUGGGAGGUUUAUAAUUAAUUACUUUGUCAGGCAUUUGCACAACACAAGCUUGGCAGAACUAACUUCUCUGAUCCUUAAUGAUAUUUACAUGUUAUUAGCUUUAGCGGGAUUUGAGGAUAUAAAAAUAGAAGGUCUGGUUGCUGAACAGCUUCAAAUAGUUUGCUUGUUCGGUGUGAUUGAAUACAUUCUGUCAAACAAGUUGACAUACAACUUUUCAUCCAUCUGCUCCUCAAUCAGUCAUUUCAUCAUUGAUCGGCUUAAAAAUUAUUCCCCCAGUGUUUUAUUGCAGAGCAUCUCUCUGGCUAAGGUGUGGUGUUCAUUCAUCUUUCUGAAGGUUCUAAGCGAGGGUUUCGAUGAUUGUGUGACUAAAUGCGCAAAAGUAAUUUGUAGAUCCAUUUAUCUUCACGCUGGAUCAUCUAAUGGGGUUGUAGAAAAUUCAGUUCAGGAGUUUUUUCUACAUAUUCUUGGCAUAAUUUUAUCAUUGAGCAAGAAAGAUUCCGAAUUUUUAUCGGUUUUUAGAGCAUUUGUAAACGAUAUUAUCCCAUGUCAUUCUGUGAACGUAACAAGGCAUUUCAAGUUACCUAAAAAUUCAAUUCAUUGCUUACUUUCCGUCGUAAAGUGCUUAGGACUUGUUGAGGCUCUUAAUUACGAUUCAUUUCUUGUGUGGAGUCUUUUAUUGGGUGUUGAAUAUAAUUGCACAUGUAAUGUGGCUUGUGGUAUUAUAAAGUCUAUUUUCGAACAAAGUGUAACCAUCAAGCGAAAUUCUUCACAGGUAUAUGAUUUUAACGUACUUAAACCUGUAAUUCAAUUGAUGUUAACUGGAACGGUAGAUUGUCCCAUGUCAAAGAUGUCCUGUAGUUGUAAUUUUCUCUCUACUACCAAAUCGUUUCAGAAUACAAGCUGGGAUAAUUUUAUUCAUAGUUGUUUGACUAGUCAAUUCACUUUAUUACCCGGUUCAGAUGCAUUGGAAAGUGUUUUGGUCGUAUCCGAUUGGGAAGCUUCACAGUUAUCUAAAAAUUUUCUUCUAAUUGAUCAACUACUUGAACAUCUUUCUUUGACUUUUCUUAACUCAAAAGAUGAUCAAUAUUCUGAUAUAAGUGAACAGAAGUUGCUUGUUUGGUUACGAUCAUAUAGUUUGAAAGAUUAUUCCGAUCUACCAUUGUCAGUGAAACAGCUGGUACCUACUAUUUUAACAUACAGCGCUUUACAUCAUAAUGAUUAUGUACGUAUAUUAGCAUUGAAUGGGAUUCACAAGUUUUUAUGCAAAUAUUUACAUAUGAAAAGUAAAGCCAAUAAUAAUAAUGAUAAAGAGUCGACGAACUUUAUACUGUCCAACAUAUCUACUACUGAAAUCUUUAUGGAUAUAUUUCUUAAUUGUUGUAAUACAUUUAACAAUUGUUCAAAUCCAUCUUAUCGUAAUCAGUUUCAAAAAAUUUUCCUCAGUUUAAUAGAAUGUAUACGAAUCAUAUGUAAAUCUAUUCAUUUCAAUAAUAGUAUAGAAAUAUUGAAUAGUCUUAGUCAUAGUAAUAAUGAAAGUAUUAUUUGUUUAUCAGAUACUGAAAUAUGUUUACAAGUGUUUGAUAAUUUGUUUGAUUUGAACAGAAUGAAAGAUGAGAGUGUUUUAAGUAUACAGGAUAAUGAUGUAUUAUAUUUAGUUAAACUCAUACGUUUUAUCAGUUCAAUGUGUCGCCUCACUACUAUUCAUACUGGAACAGGUUGUCAAAAUACUAUUGACAUAAAAGUAACUACGAGUAUACACACUUACUUUUGGCCAGGGAUGAGUUAUCAACGUGCGAAACUUUUGCUGGAUAUUAUUGAAACUGCAUUAGGUGUUCUCAAUUUAACACCGAAUGGUCCAUGGAAUAAAAAAUCCAGUAAAUGGAGAUCAGAAUUUGGUAAAGACUCAUUAUACAAUUUACGGACAUUAAUCGAUAACAUUUCUGUACGAUUUAAUUGGGACUACAAAUCGACUAAUUUAUUACGAUAUUUAUUGAACGGACUUCUCUAUGUAAGCUCAGAUCUGCAGUCACAAAUUUUAUCGAUUAUUUAUGAUCAUUGGAUUGAAAAUAAGAAUGCAUUGAAGGAGGCGAUUUAUCCCACUAUGGUUGAUUUAGCUUGUGCAUGGUGCGAUACUCCAUGGUGUUCAGUUUAUACAUCUGGAGCGAAUAUUUUAACAUUCUGUUCCAUCAAUGAACUAUGGGAUUCUGCCUACCUUGGUGCAGAUAUUCGUACGUGGUUUUUAAAUAAAUUGAAAAGAUUUUGUGAAUUAACCUGGAUAACCAAUAACAGUCUUGGUAAUGUUGAUUUAACCGUGUUUAGCAGUAAAUUACUUCAAGUUGUUCGGUUUCAAUCUGGUCUAGGGUUUCUCUUGACUAUUGAUCAAAUUCUAACUACCUGUCUAAGUAGACUAAUGAAAAAUUCAAAGAAUAAUAAAUGGAAUCAAUUCAUUGAUCCAAUGCUUUAUGAAUUCAUUUGUUGUAAAGAAUUACCCACUCUAUGUUUGGAAUUAUGUAAUCUAUGUCUUUUUUCAAUGGGUUGUCAAAUUUGUCAAUUUAAUGAAGAAGACGAUUGUUUUGUAAUGAAUUUUUCAAAAGGUGCCUGUUCAUUCCGAGAAUUGGGUAAAUCGAUUUUGAAGACUGUUACGUUAGCUAGACGAAAUCAAUCAUUAUCAGUUGGUAAUGAAACAGUCGGUCAAUCAACACAUUGUCAUCUCAUCCAAACCUCACAUACACAUACUACAACUAAUCCAACAACUGUAAGUAAUGUAGAUAAUUCUGAUGUGGAUUUAUUAAAUUCUAUUGAAUUAUUACCGGAAUACCAACAUAUUCUCUCUUGGUCAUGGAAUACCUUGAAAUUCUGUUCCAGCAUUAUUGCUAAUUGGUUUGCUAUUCAGUGUAAAUUACCUGAAGAGAAUGUAAUAGCUGUUGUGGAAAGGAAAUCGCUUGCUUCCAAAAUUGGCUAUCAAUUAUUGCAUCAAUUGUUACAAUGUCGUCAUAAGGGAACCAUAGAAGCACUAUAUUCUAAUCUUCUUCUUUAUUUACAAACUGUUGAAAACCAUCAACUUGCAUCUUGUUCUUCAUUGAAAACAUGUAAAGAUGAUGCUUUAAAGCCAUCAGUUUUAAAACUGGAUUCCAUAAAUCUGACUACUGAUGUUAAAUAUUUAUCCACCUGUAAUGGAGCUAUUUCUGCUGAUCAUAUGCUACGAAUAUGUUGGAAUGUUCUUUGUAACAGUGCUUACUCUGUUACUAGACGUGGGGCUGGGCUAAUACCAGUUAUACGUGCUUGUCUUCUGGUUAAAUCUUGUAACGGACUUGAAAAUCCUCCAUGUUCACUUGUUUGUUGUUUAAAAAGUUUAUUUGAAAUUACACAAUCAGAUGAUAAUGAUGUUUAUAAUAAUGUGAAUAAUAAUACUACUCAUACUAUAUCUGAUUCAACAACACUUCAUGACCCGCCACGAGUAUUCGCUUUACAUUUACUACAUGGACUAUUUACUGAUUCUCGAUUACGUGUACAUGAACAUUCUGUUCCGAUAGAAAAUAAUAAUAGUCUAUCACAUGUUAGAAAUUGGACAAUUGAAGCUCUUCAAUUAGCGGUUAUUCCUGGUUUUAAUUCGAAAAAAUGGAAUGUUUGGAAUGGUGCUCUUCAACUUCAUAGUGCAUUAAUCUAUCGUCUCACUGGUCUCGACUUAGAAUUUCCAUUAAUUUCGGAUAUCUGCUUUCAAUAUCCUAAAAUGUUGGAUAUUAUAUUAAGUUGUCUGAAUAGUAAUUAUCAAAAUUUAUCGUCUACGCAAACUUUAAUUCCAAUACUUACUUUAAUUGUUAGAUUUUCUCCAUCAUUUGAUCAUUCGUUGAUAGUGUCAUCAAAAAUUGAUGAAAUUCUCAAUAGACUAGAAUAUAUUCUUUUCAAUCAUUGUAGUAUGCAUAUUCGUAAACUUGCUUCAAAAGCAUAUCAUGUAUUUCUAUGCCCACCAAUUGAUGCAUACUAUCGAUGUGAAUCAAUAAAAUGUUCACAAGAUAAACAAUCUUCACUUUGUAUUAUAUCAAGCAUUGGACCAUUAAAAUUAAUUUGUCAUUCAUGUUCAUUACAUAACUCUAAUAAGAACAUUUUAUAUAAUUCUAUAACAAAUGCAGUACAUGGUAAUUUAUGCUUAUUACAAUCAUGGUAUGAAAAUAAAACUUGUGAAAUUAUUCAACAUUGGAGAGAAUCAUUAUUCAACAUAAAAUCGGCAUUGAAUUAUCUUCUUCACUGGAUAUCUAUUUCUGCUUGGUAUCUUGCUUAUGAAUUAUGUAUUCUGAUGAAUUCUGUUUAUACAAAUCAUACAACGAUUCACUGUGAAGAGGAUUAUCUAACGGAACUGUGGACAGCAUUACUCACUUUAAGAAAACCAAUAUUUUCUUUGUCUAAUGAGCCAUUUCAUAUUGAAUUUUUAAUUGAAUUUCGUCAUAUUUGUAUAAAAUUAUUUAAUAAAAAUUUAUCCAACUAUAUGAUUAUUCAUUAUGCUGAAACUGAACCAAUCCUACUUUUACGUUUUCUCAAUCUAUUAAAAAUGAAUUCUAAUUUCUCUGAUGAGUUUACUUUGAAAUUAAUUGGUUAUUGGAUAAAUUGGCGAUCGUUAACAUAUGAUGUUGAUCAUGAUGAUCAUGAUCAUCACCCUGAUAAUCAGUGUGUGAAUAAUUUCUUGGAAUAUAUCUAUCCACAUGUUAUGUGGUGUUUUCUAGAAUUUUUCAAUUUGUCAUGUAAUACUAUUUGUUUUAUGCAAAGAGUUCAAAAAGAAUUCAAUGUCGAAACUUUAUUAUCACGAGUAUCGAAUUUAUGCCUAAUGAAUAAGAAUAUUUCUGGUAUUCAAUUUUGUAUUCAUCGUUCGCGAUUAUUAUAUUUUAUGACAUGUUUACUCAAUUGUCUAUCACCAUUAACAUCACUGAAUUAUUCAUUUUAUAUGAAUCAGUGGCUUAGUUUACUAAGUGAUUGCUUACAAUAUGAACAUUCAACUGAAUCGCGAAUUUCAGCUUCAAAAUCUUUACAAUUAUGGACAUUGCAAUUUCAUCCAAAUAAUCAUACAAAAUCACCGUCAAUAUCAAAUCAGAUUGAUUUAAUGAAAUCAGUUUUAAAUAUAUCACAACGUAAAAGAUUGUUGGAUUGUAUAUUUCAUGGUUUAUUUGAUGAAUCACCUGAAGUUCGUUCAAUCCUGAGUACUGUUAUCAAUUUUUGGUUAAAAUCAUCCAUAAAUCAAACGAAUUCUUUACAUUUUAACCAUGCGAAUACUCAUUUAAUCACUUUACAUAAACUAUUGAAACAGGUUGUUCCAUUGUUAUUGUUAAAUGAAAACAGCGAUGAAGACAAGAACAUCAAUAGUAAUAAUACUGAUAAUAAAAUGCAUUCAAGUGAUAAUCUGACAUCCAAUGAAUCUACAUAUUGGUUAUGCAAUAACUGGUUAACUAUUAUGAAAUCAAUGAAUUGUCUAAUGAUUGAUGAAUAUGAAUCAAGUCAACGGAAUAUGUUGUAUGAUAGAGAAGCCUAUAAUACAUUCUGCGAACCACGUUUACAAAUUGACUUAUUAUUUACAUAUCUUCGUAUGGAACGGAAUAUGACUAAAGAGAAUCUCCUCCGUGUCACAUCAUCAUUGAUUAACCAAGCAGAUGAUCAUUUACUGUCUAUAUGCAAUGUAAAAGGUUUACAGAUUGAAAAAAUUUUAGCUAUCGAAAGUUGGUGUGGUCCAAUUGUCCCAUUUGCAGUGUUUACAAGAGAUUACAGUCUUCAAUUGAUAAAUUCAGUGAAAUCAUGAAAAAUAAAGAUUUUUACGUUUUAAUAUUGAGAUAGUUACAUUAUAAUUGUACAUAAUGUGGGUCAAUAAAAGAUUUGUUCAAAUUGUUUAUUAUUAUUAUUGUAUUUAAUACUUGUGUGCGGCUUAUGCUCCUCCACGAGGGGUAACAAGCGUAAGUAAGUAUUAUUGUGUUUGUUCGUUGUAUACCAUAGCAUAUUAGCGUUUAGGUCAUUCGGUUUUCACACAUAUACAGGGAGUUCAAUGAAAAUAGGCUGACACCAUAGCAAUAAAAAUAAUUAUUCUUUAACAAACAUUAUUUAAUUAAUUUAUAAAAGGAGAUUAAUCAGAACACGAAUUGAGCAGAGUUAAAAUUAUUGAUUAGUUUCUUCAUUAAUUAAAGGUACCAAGAAAGUAGAAUGUUUUAUUUAAGUAAUGAUUUGUUCGAAACCAUAAAUAGUAACUGCUUUACUUUACAUGUAGCCGUGAAAAAAUACCAAAACGUUUGAUAAUCGAACUGUCUGUGAAAUAACAUUCGUAACAUAUAUCAAAGUCGUUAUUAAAGGAUAGUGGCAUUCAUUAGAUUAUCGCCAGUGAGUUUAAAUUCACAUUUCCAUGCCUUUAUGUUACUAAUAUUAUGUUAGAAAUGCUUCGGAAACUUUGAACACUCAAAAUUUUCAUCAUUGUAUGUCCAAAACGUUCGUACGCAAUGAAAACCAUAAUUAUGGAAGAGUAUAUCUUGUUUAUUAUUAUAUACUCUACACAUUACCCAAGAUGAAGGUAAAUCAUUGUUUUGAUUAACAGAGUAACUUUCAUCUACAAUCACUUAUUUUCAUUGUUAGAAUUGAUAUUUUUCAAUUAAAGGAAGAUCUAUUGAUCACAGAUCAUCGUUUAGUUAGGUAUGUUACAUUGAAAAAGGUAUUUAAAUUAUCUGGACCUAUUAUACUUGUCAGUUAACAAAGUCAUAUAUACUAAACAGGUUAGUUGUAUAAAAUAGUAGAGAAUGGUUUACAAUUUUUCAUGAUAUUAUCAAAGGAAUCGUAACUUCUAAUAUUAAGCUAGAAAAUCUCUAGGAUAAAAAUAAUCUACUAUAAAUACAAAAAUAGUAAGUAAAAUUGGGAUAGCAUAUUUAACAACCUAAAACGGUUUAAUGAUAGUGACCAAACAAUGACAUUUAAAAUAUCCUAAUUAAACAAUGUAUAAAGUGGAAUGGAUUCAUUACCGAAAUGUCAUGGACAAGAAAGAUACAUAAAAUUCAAUUUCUUCAUUAUUUUCAACUUAAAUUCGUUUGUGAUCAAAGAGAGUUAUGUGUAAAAUUGAUAACAUUUUCAGAGACUACAUUAUUACAUAUUUUUUUUGUCCCUUUUUCAUGAUUUAUAAAGAAAUAUAAAAUCUAUUUACAAAAUCCUAUUUAACCUUCAUCUAUAUUCUUUAACAUUUUCGAUUCAUUUCUUAUUGAUGUUGCUAAUUCUUUCGUUCCAUAUAAAGGUCUAUUCCUUAUAGAACUAUUAUAUGUUAACAUUAAACUGUCAACUUAUUUAGUUAAACAUCUUUUUUUUAUUAUCAAAUUCAAGUUUACAUAAGUUAGUUUUCAUCAACAAUAUUCAACAUAUUCAGUUUCAUUCAUAAUUUAUCAUAGUUUUGUAAUAAUACUAUUACUAAACAGUUGUCAGCAAGAGAAAAACGAAAGCUUGGAUACUAUUUGACGACUUAGAAAAAGAGCCUAGACAUUUUAAAAACAUUUUGUUUUGUAGAAAAAAGACGUCUUAUAAAUAUAUAUAUACCCGCCCCCCCAGGGAACGUUCUGUAAUCUUAGCUGAAAUUAUAAUACCAACUUUUCACUCAUCACAUUUAUCCACAUUUUACAUAAUAUUAUUUCAACCACCACACUGACUGUAUAAUUCCAUCAUGGAAAUGAAAUCUUUGUAUUUGUGUAUGCAUAUAUAUAUAUAUAUAUA